UGAGAACGCCAUUUUGAAUUAGAUGAAAACAUGGCGCCCAGUCAACAGGGUCUAGCCCUACUCAUAUUAAGUUUAACGCUAGUAUGGCGGUCUGCAGUAUCACAAAUUCCAAAUGAACCCUGUGUGAUUCCGGAGGAAUAUCACGGAGACUGGUACACCCGUGAGGCUGGUGUCGACACCCAGACAAUCGUCAACGCAGAAAAAUGGGAAAUACAGGGUAGCAACGCCAAGACGCUUCAGUGCACGGACAUGCAUAUUCAUCCCUUUACUGGAAUAACUGUUCAGGAUGGUCGAAACUCAACUAUGCUCAUGAAAGAAAUGAAUGUAAAACCUGGCGCAACGGUGUGCUUCUUCUGUGUUGAUGUGCUUUGGAGGACCCCUAAUAUUCUACAGUACAGAAAAGAGGACUGUGUGAGGUCUGGUUCUGGUUUUGACAUCAGCUUGAAUACAUCCUGCAAAGGAAUGAGACCUGACUAUGGGCUACCCACAACAGACGAUGCCAUUACCAUGUUCCGUCUGGCCCCUAAGAAGGUGAAUUGUAUCUCAACUUUUGAGGGAGUGUACCAGUUUUCGUACGAGGUGGAUGUCGGUGGUGGUGGUAUCUGUAACAAUGCUCUUAGUCAGAUCGAAGCUUGUCAAGAUCCUGGAUCGGCUUAUGUUGACAACGAAGUUUUCAUGAUGACCUACGCAAAAUGUCCAGAUGUCUCCACCUCCAGGAACGAACAGACUCGUUACCAAUGUAUGGGUACCUGGUUUGCCAGGAGAAGUGGACGAGGAUACACCUAUGCUGCUAUCGCUGAUACUGUUGAGAAAGACACAAGAGAAAAGUUUAAGUGUCUUAUGACACUGAAAAAUCAGAAAGACGCUAACAACCAGAUCCGGUGGGUGAUGUCCAGAUUUCCCGACUGUUCCAAACUCAACAGUAUCUACAAUGGUCCGACCAAGUUUGUCCUCACCAGAAUUCCACCUGUUUCUGAGUAUAUGACUCCGAAAUGUAACCUGCCCCGGAACAUCACUGGUACCUGGUUUACUCAGGGUGAGGCUUACCGAUCCAACGUCAAGAUCAACGACACCCACAUCACUUUCUACACCGCUAUCAAUGAAUUUGAGUAUCAGGAAGUGUUUUACUCCUGUCAACAAACGCUCGGUACUCGCUUCCUCAUGACAAAGGUCACUGUGGGAAAAUGUGAGAAAGACUUUGUGUGUUUUGACCUCAUGCCGAGACAUCACAGCAUUGUAAGGUACAGAGUCGGUAAACCUAACAGACUGACCGAGGACGAGAAAGCUGACCCUAACUACCUGACCAAGAAGUUCCGUGAGGCCUGCAGCUGGAUGUCCUUCACCUUCAACCGUGACGACACUGACUGGAAAUAUAAUGUUCUUAUUUUGAACCCUCCGUCCCCUGUUCCGUGUCCUGUUGCCGGUAGAUACCAGUUUGAACAGAUGGCAUCCCGUCAAGAGGAGAAAUACUCCACGCGUAUCCGUGGUGUUACAGACAAACCCCGUGUCCAAGUUGACUGUCGAAUCAUCGUGUCAGAAAUGAAGUCGUGCUCCAAUGAUAUGACCAAGAUUGAGGUUGAUGCCGAGUACUGUGAGACCGUUGACUAUCGGGGCAGGCCAAUUGGAGAGUAUGAUGUGUCUGAUCAUAUACUGAUGUGUGUUGGAUUCUGGAUGGAGGAUUACAAGUCUUACCUCAUUACCUGGGACGAGGAAGAUGCUAUCUCUGCCUUCAGAUGUUGGGUCUAUGAGCGUACCAGUUGGACCGAUGUCAUGAUGUCCCGAUCCCAAAAUGCCCGUUGUCCUAGGACACAGCGUGCCCAAGAUUACCUGAUGGCUGGGACUGGUCUCUCUCUACGUAUGACAGAAUCAGAGAGGCUUUUUGAUGACUGUCCGCAGAGAUUUGAUCCUGGCAUCAACCCCUACAAAAAACCUACAACAAUUUAUGUCCUCAGCAAGUCUUCAACAGUUUCUCCAUCCACAUUCUUCCUGGUCUUGGCUGCUUGUCUACUGUUCCUCUUUCACUAAAUCAUGUGUUGCAUAGUCAGGUCUAUUCAUAGAAACUUCAGAUACACAAAAGGUUAAAGUCAUGUACAAUCGCUCACUAAGAACAGAAACUCAGAUUAUGUCACAUUGAAAGUUAAGUACGGCAAUUUUAAUUGAAGGUCAUUUUGUCCAAUUUUGUGUAGGUCAAGAUCAUUAUUUAUUUCACUGAAAAAAAAUGUCCCUUGUCGAAUUCUGAAGCAUUUACAUUUCACCAAAAGUGACAUUUUCAUUCUUAUAUUCUGGUGACCUUGACCAUUUUCAUAUAUUUGUCUUGAUAACAACAUAUUUAACCUUGAUAAUCUGUGAUUAUCUUUAAGUUAAUUAACUUUAAUCAAUGUUUUAAUAAUUUGCCUGUGAUAGCCCCAUGCUCCGGUUUGGGACAACACCCACAACAGUGUUCCAUAUGAGGAUUAUAUCUUUAAAGUAUACUGUGCAUCACAGAAUCAAAGGGCAGAUUACUCUGUUUUUAUUUAGUUUUAGCAGAAUCCAGUAUCACAAAAAGAUAUUGUAUGUAUCUGAUAUAAAAAUAGUACAACAUAAAGGGUACAGAAUACUUAUAUAUGGAAAUUCAGUCUUUAGUGAAGUUAGUUUUUGGAAAAACAAGUUCUGACAAUAAUAACAUUCCUUUCUAAAACUUAUUCCUGUAUUUUGUAAUCUCAAUAUUUAUUGCAUAUCAUGAUUGUACUUCAUUUUAAUUAACACUUUAGUCAGGGAAAGAGAGUUGUAUCUGUUUAUAUGUUCGAUGUAAUCACACAUGUAACUGGUAGCAUUGUGCUUCAAUCAAAUUCCGAAUGGGUUGUUGGAGAUUGUAUCGGCUGUCCCAUCGAGGAAGUCUUCUUCUCUAUAAGUGCUCAGGUAUUGAAGAAAAAGUUACCAAAUUUAUCAUAAAUAAGAUAACUUGCCAGGGAUUUUCAUUUUAGUGACAAAUAAACAAGAUACAUUCCAUAUCAGUGUAGUAUAAUGUACAUGGAAAGAUUUGCCUAUCAUUAGUGUUUAUAUCUAUUUUUGUAGACUUUGUUUUUCAUAAUAUGAAGUGCAGGAUGACGCAAUAAAUAUGCAAGUUGAAAUGUAUGAAAGUUGUGGUUUAUAAAAAAAAAUCAUUGUUUUUAAGCGGAUGAAAAAAUGUAUGAAUGAGUCUUUAAGAAAUUUGCGAGUGAGAAUGUUUGAAAUAAUAAUUGUGCUAGAAAUAUAUGUUGAUGAAUAAUGUAGCUAUGUGAAUAAUCAUAAUAAAAUGAAUUAAAUGUACAAAGUAGGCUGAAUCCCAAUACAUAUCAGAGAUGUAUAUAUAUAUAUAUUCUGUAAGAUGAUUGAUAACCAAUGUUUUCAUUUAUUGACCUUAAGGUGACUCUGUACAUACACAAUUGAAAUAUAUUUAAAUUUUCAUUAAUAAUAAUAUUUGAAGCACAUUCUCAAUUCCAGUUGAAUGUUAAGUGGGAUGAAUUGAGGAAAUCAUUAUUUCUUAAAAUUUGAAGAAUUUUAAAUUCCCAAAAAGGAGAGAAAAUCAAAAUUUGCUGAGAAUAAAAUCAUAAUAUUACCCAUUCAUCUUAAAUUUUUUUCGUCUGGUUUGUUUCUUUGAAGAAUGAUCUUUGGAAAAUGUUUAGUCUUGUAACAGUUUGAGUUAGAGAUCAAAGAUAUUUACAGAGUCAUGUUAAUUUUACUAUUUCAUUGCGUGUAUAUAACAAGUACCUCUGUGAUACCAGCGGUACAGCCUUGUAUAUAGUUUUAUCAGUGCCAUCUUGUAUAUAACAUUACGCUAUCAUUUAUCCAUUCACGUUUCCCAUUUUGGUGUAAUUACGGCCCUGUAUUUAGAAAAUGUGGCUGCCUGUCUAGGAAUGACAACCAUUUUCAUUCAAUUAAUAAAUUCUUCAAUAUUUCAUCAACAUUUUUGUAGUGAGAGAGAAUAAAAACUUUCCUGUCCAAUCAAAAUACUGUCUGAUCAAAUUAUAACUUAGAGUAACUUUAAACUACUCUAUAUCUCUUAUUUCUUGUGGUAUUUGUCAAAUUAGCUUCUGGUAUAUCUUUAGAAAUGUAAGAAUUAAGUUUAGCUGAUAGAAGUGUUCAAGAAAUAUUUGAUGUCAAUUUCAUAAAAAAAUCUUUUCAUGUUUUGUUAAAUAAAAGCAGUCAUGAUGUACUUUUAACAUUUCGAAUAUGAAAUAUCUUAAAAUCUAUGUUAGUCAAGAAUUAUGUCUAUUGAUGCAUAUUGUAUUUUCAUACGAAUUAUCUGACAAUAGAUCCACUGUACACACAUCUAUAGGUAUGGUCUUAACUAUAAUUAAGGAGACUGUAUAUAUGGAGAAACAAAAGAAUGAUUAACUACCGUAUAAAUUAUGUCAGUCCAAUAAUAUGACAUAACAGACUAUAAUUUUAUACUUCCUUUCUUAAUAAAAUGUUGAAAUGAAAACGAAA